AUGUUCACCUCUCUACGCCCCCUCGCCAUCUCGACGUUCCUCUUGGCAGCGAUCGUCAGCGCUGCACCUAAACCUCAGGCGUGGUCGAGCUCGCGCGCCGAGGUGGCAAAGACUUUGCGGCACUACAUCGAUUCAGCGUUGGGUGGGGACCUGAGCGACCUCCAAGCGAUUUGGCUUGGUCAGCUUCAGAAGAAGUGCGUAGCUAAGAUGAGAGUUCCACCUGGCGUGCGCGCCUCGCGCUAAUCAUGCCCCUCGCUAUGCAAUCUCUUUAGGCUGCCCUUCACGCCGUAUGCGUCCGACGCACUCACGAGCACACUGCAAAAGAUUCCAAACGAGCUCAGCGAGAAUAGCUGGUUCACCUUUAACGCAGCCACGGCUAUGAAAGUGCUGUACGAUUGGGACACGAAGGGUUAUGAGACCUUUGCGAUCGAGAUGACCAAGCAGAACGUACUGCUCAACGCCCGCGAGACAAAAGUGUCGACGACCGUGCACGAUGCGGUGGAGGAAAUCCGAAAGAGUUGGGCGGAGGCUUGCAAUGCUCUAGGCACGCUAGUGUGGGUAGACCCCCACCUCUGCUCUCACUCUGACCUGCGACUGAUCCUGCUCGCACAUCCGCCAACCCCUCUAUCCAGCGAUCCUUACGCCCCCGUCACGACACAUUUCAUCAACAGCUGCGUAGAGCUGAGUGACGCGCUCAAGGGAGUGAGCAGCGCUUAUGCUCCACCUUAG